GUCGGAAGGAGAAGGAGAGUGUCAGAUGGGAAAAGGGAAAAAGUGCGGUUAGUGCAACUGAAAGAACAAGAUAUUGCGCGAACUGUAUCGUCGUAUCAGCUGUGAACUUAUCAUCCUUUAAAGUUGUAUUAUUAAAGGGAAAAGUGAGAGAGAAAGAGAGAGAGAGAGAGAGAAAAGUUCUAUUUAAUUAUGUCGGAAGAAGUUGAAUCGGCGAGACUGCUCGGGUGACUCGAGAAUAUCGACGAGAACGUGGAAAACUUGAGAUAAAACGCAAAAUUGACGAUGCAACUAGCAAUUUCCAAUCUCCCGAAGUUAUAUCAAAUUAUACCGCAUUUUAAUCAUUUUGGCGGGCUUUUUUCCAGUCUACGAAGUAUCAUCGAUAAUGAUAGAUAAGAUAUGUUUAACCGGUGACAGUCAGCCAAAUUUCUUAUCUCGUGUCUCUCAUCUUUGAAGAUAAAAGAAGUUUUUCAGUUAAAUAUUCCACAGAGGAUACGUUUAAAUCGUGCAAAUAUGUUGAAAGCAAUUAUCUUAAUUGGAGGUCCCUUGAAAGGGACAAGGUUCAGACCUCUUUCUCUGGAUAUCCCGAAGCCGCUGUUUCCAGUGGCGGGACUGCCCAUGAUACAACAUCACAUUGAGGCAUGCGCCAAAGUGCCUGAUCUCAGCGAAGUAUUGAUAAUUGGCGCGUAUCCCAAGAAUGAUCUGUCACAAUUUGUCCAGCAGAUGUCAAGUACUUACGGCAUAGUUAUCAGAUAUCUGCAGGAGUUUACCCCGCUUGGAACGGCGGGAGGCAUGUAUCACUUCCGCGACCAGAUACGUUCGGGCAGUCCAUCGUACUUCUUCAUAAUGAACGGGGAUGUCUGUGCUGACUUUCCUCUGUUGGAAAUGGUGGAGUUUCACAAGAGCAAGCAGGCCUUGCUCACAAUCAUGGCCACUGAAGCCACCCGUCAGCAGUCCCUGAAUUACGGCUGUAUGGUUUUGGGGAAGGAAGGGGAGGUGGCGCAUUACGUUGAGAAGCCCUCGACAUUUGUAUCGACCCUUAUCAAUUGCGGAGUGUAUCUCGCUUCCUUGGAGAUCUUUCAGACGAUGGCGGAUGUCUUUCACGCCAAUCAGCAGCAAGAUCACUUGAUGCAAUUGUGCGGCAACGGCAGGGAUCCGGCGCACAUUGCGUUCGAGCGGGAUAUACUGACACGUCUGGCGGGAAGCGGCCGCUUGUUCGCUCUGCCUGUGCUCAGAUGGUGGUCGCAAGUGAAGACUGCGGGAUCCGCGAUAUACGCCAAUCGACAUUACCUGGCCCUCUACAAGCAGAAACAGCCGAACCGCUUAGCUUCGAUGAGCAAUGAUUCCUGCAACAUCAUAGGGGAUGUCUACAUUCAUCCAUCGGCCACUGUACACCUUACUUCCAUGCUAGGUCCCAAUGUCAGUAUAGGUCCGAAUACGAUAAUCGAGCCCGGCGUGAGAAUUCGAGAAUCGAUUGUAUUGGCUAACACACACAUACACGCCCAUUCUCUCAUCUUACACAGCAUCAUAGGGACGGGCACCAGCGUGGGUGAAUGGGCGCGCGUUGAGGGGACUCCAUGCGAUCCCAAUCCUAACAAGCCGUUCGCGAAAAUGGAGAACUUACCAUUGUUUAACGUCAAUGGCAAGCUCAAUCCUUCCAUCACGAUACUUGGUACCAGCGUGAGCUUGGCCGCGGAGAAAAUUCUGUUAAAUUCGAUCGUUCUGCCGCAUAAGGAACUCACGAGAAACUACAAGAAUGAAAUUAUUCUCUAGCUGUUUAUGUGCAAUUAUCGGGGUGUACGAAUGUUGCGUGGAUGUAGUGAAAAAGGACUCGCACAAAUGAUCGAGAACGCUAUAAGUAUAUACAAAAUAAUUCCGAAUGUUUACAUUGAUUUGUUACAGCAAAUAUUUGAUAAUUUUUUCAUGCAAAGGCGAGACUUUUACAUCUCAUGCGCAUCAUGUUGCAGUCACAAAUUGUGUAUAUAAAAGCAAAGACGCGGCACUCGACUUUUCUAAGGUUGAGGAUUGUAUAUACACACACACACACACACAUAUAUAUAUAUAUAUAUAUAUACACCAUGUUUACAUAUAUGCAUCUUUAUGUAUGUAUGAGAGCAUAGCGUCGCCUAUAUUUUCAUAAGUGUCUGAAUAAACCUUUUCAUUUGUCGAUUAA